ACCAGUUCAAACAUACGCCUUUGAGACCGUCUAAGCUUACGGAAAAUGCGUCUCUCUGUGUUCUGAGAUCGAAAGGCUGGAUUUGUAUUCGUUGUUUAGGCGGUACUUGCAUCAUGGUCAUUAAAUAAUCGUCCUUCUUUGUCGAAUGCUUCCCUGUAUAGGUGGUUGGAACAUGUCUCCCACAGCGUGGCCGCAAACGUAGCGGAAUACGCACCCGGAAUACUUUUGAUAAGAUGUUUGUAGUUAUUCUUCCAUUUCUUCUCCCCUUUGCCCUGUCCGUCCUCAUCUUCACCAUCGUUCCCCGCUCCAGGUGUCUGGGCCGCUGUUGGCGAGGCAAUGUCCCUCGGCAGUACCUCACGCUCCUUCCCUUUGCCCUUGUCGCUCGCACUUGGUGGUGCUUGUGGCUGGGCUACCCCUGCUGGGCCGACCGGAGCGGCAUACGGGCGGACAUACCUGUCGUAAGCAGAGAGGAGCUGGAAGCGCGACAGUAGGUCUUGUGUCGAAUCAAAGUACGGGUGGAAUGGCGGCUGCGCUGUCAACACGUAAGAAAAAGCGAUAUGCGGCACAUGCCACGUCGUCAGCGCAUCGCAGUGGCUGAUAGAGGCGAAAAGCAGAGACCUGGUGGAGGAGGCAGGAAGACUGGCGGAGACGGUUGUUCGGGAUGCGAUGACGGUCCUGCGAUGGCGUUUGCGGGCUGCAGUGCGAGCUUUGGUGAUGGCGGGUGCAGCUGGGAUGUAUUUGAGGGCUGCCCGUCGACGUCCAUGUCGAUGGAGGACGAGACGAGAGUAGUCACCAACGGAGUUUCUGGCAGGGACUCGGACCUGGUUCGGUCUGACUUAUUUGAUCUCACCGUCAAUUACCACUUGGGCGCCUGUCGGCCGCGCUCUGUGGCGCGGGGUUUCAGCGUUGUAAACAAACUGUUGUUACCGUGCGAACGUCCCUGGCAAGCUGCAUCCUGGCCCUCGAGCUCAAGCCAGGUCAACUGCCCUUCGUCAAGGCGGCCGUAUGUUACAUCGUGCGUGUGUUCUAAAACUUUAUGUGUCAAUAUUCUCGCACGGCAAGACCAACACCCGUCGCUUAGCGUGCCGCUUGAGAACGCGUUCCCAGGAGCCUGCGGCUCCGAAGGCUCAUCGAAGUCAUCAUAGGUCGUCAUAAAGCGGAUCGGUCGGUGUUGAGCUCGCUUUGUCCAUCUAUUGCACCCCGCCAUCCUGUAAGCCCACGUACAUCGUCCCUGUUGGAAAACAUCUUCUCGCCUCCAUUGCUACCAUGGAGAACGACCCCGCUAUUCCACGUCCUUUCCGUAUCAAUAUACUCGUCGAGGAAGUUGAGCGCAUGAAGCGUCUCAUCGCCGACACGCGUCUUCCAGAUCGCCCUGCUGUUGAUGGCAUGAGCUGGGACUAUGGGGUGGACCUUCCGUGGCUCAAGUCGUUAAGGGACAAGUGGCUGUUCGACUUUGACUGGAAGGUGGUUGAGGAGAAGAUGAACACUUUCGCGCACUUCACAGUCCCCAUCGAGGGUGUGACUGUACAUUUCAUGCACCAAAAAUCUACCAGAGCGGACGCAAUCCCCCUCAUCAUGCUGCAUGGCUGGCCAGGCUCAUUCUGGGAGUUCCACAGGAUCAUCCCUCUCCUUACUGAUCCUCCUGCGGAUCAGCCCGCAUUCCACGUCGUUGCUCCAUCUCUUCCGGGAUUCUGCUUUUCGUCCGCUCCUCCGAGGAAGGAGUGGACGAUGGCUGACAAUGCUCGCAUCUUCGAUCACCUGAUGACCGGUGUUCUGGGCUAUUCCUCGUAUAUGGCUGAAGCCGGGGACUGGGGUGCCCUGGUCUGCUUGAAUCUGGGCUCCGACAAGUAUCCUGCCUGCAAGGCCCUCGAGUUCACCAGCUGUCCGGCCCGCCCGACUUUCGGGGCCCUGCUCACAGCUCCGCUCUUCUUGCUGCCAACUUCCUGGAGGAAGUGGGUUUACAGCAAGAUUUACUCUGAGGACGAACUCUUCGAUUUGGGGCGCGCAAGCCAUUUUAUGACGAACGGGUCGGGGUACUUUAUCCAGCAGAUGACACGCCCCCUUACGAUCGGGUAUGCAGUCAAUGACUCGCCCGUGGGCAUUCUCGCUUGGAUUGGGGACAAGUACCACGAUCUUGUCGACCCAGACAUCUUUCCGGAGGCUGCGGACUUCAUCCUGACCACGGUGUCGCUCUACUUCCUCACCCAGAGCUUCAUGACUGCGGCAUUACCAUAUGCCGAAAACACCAAAUCUUUCGGGGAGCGCAAGGCGAUAAGCAAGCCGUUUGGCAACUCUCGCUUCCCAUUCGAUGUGAAUAACUUUCCCGCCUCAUGGAUUCGCGCACAGCACCCCAAGUUGGUCUUCACCCGAAGCCAUCAGCAGGGCGGCCAUUUUCCAGGGUACGAGGUUCCUGAUCUCUUAGCCGAAGACAUUCGCGCAGUUGCGUCGGGUCAAAGGGCCUUGUUCCCCUAAGAUAUGUCCAUGUGUACGCCUCCGUUUGUCUGGUGUAUGUUAGCAACUCGAGUUUUAGUACCAAGUUUGGGAGUGUUUGGCCAUGUAGGGUCCAGGACGUGAACCGUAGCGACAGCUCUCUGCCAUUCUCUGCACAGCCCUUGCAUGUAGAUAUCCCCUUCUGCAUGUCUACGCCAACUCUAGUUGCGCGUAACGAAAUCCACAAGUCCUGCAAGACUUUUGAAGCUGUCGUUAAUUAUUUAAACGACUACAGUGAGGCGGCGACUGCUAUCAUUGGCAUUCAGAAGAAGCUUGCUAGGGCUCUUCGAGAUGCUGCGUCAGCCAAGGCCACCUCGGAGGUCCCAGCUAACGCGUUGAACGCGAGCGCGACCGUGUUCGAUACCCUGUGCGAAGUGGAUUCGAAGUUCGCAAAGUUCGUCGAUAACGAGUGCGAAGGAAUUAGCACGGAGGUCAAGAGAUGGUUCAAAAGGCUUGCUAAAGAGGAACGCACCCACGAUGAGAAAGUAGCCAACGCCAACGACAAGAUAAAGCAGGCUGGACAGAACUAUGAGAAGAAAGUGAAGAAGAACCCCGCCGACGCUGCUGCAGAACAUGCUCGCUACAUCAAUUCGCUUACCACUCUUGGAGUCGAGACCAACCAGGAGAAAUAUAACCACUCACUUAUGGUGACGCAGCGUCACGAAGUCACUCUGUUCGGCCUUGCGGCCUGCUUGUCUCGUGUAGCAGAUUCGGAAUGGCUUCGGGUCUGCGAAGGCGUGCGUCGUAUUUCCCCGAACGUUGGGCGGGUUGGAGAAUGGCGUGUCUUAUGUGAGGGUAUGCCCUGGUUCACAGCCUGUUGUGCACGAGCGUUUCUGAAUUGUUGAUAUGCAGGAAACUGGCUUGGCCCGGUACCUCCCCCCCUCCCGGACGUCGAUGAGUCCAAGAGGGUAGACUCUGACCUGACUCCCAACAAAGUAACGAGCGAUGACACGAUGGAGAGUGUCUCGGACCGUCUACUUGCCACUCCAGUUCUUCAGCGUACAUCUAGAGCUGAUACACUCUACGAACAGUCUCCGCAGUACUUCUCUCCGCCAAAGUCAGCCACGCCUCGGCAGGGCACCCUAGUCAUCCCUGCAGAAUACGAAGACUCCCGAGAUAGGAGCUACUCCAUAAACUCGAUAGCGUCCUUAGGCUCCUUCCCUGUGCCUCCCACCCAUCUCCCUCUCCCUCGGCUCAACGCCGACAGCCUGACAGCUAACCAACUGACUGAUCUUCAACAUGUUUCUCGAUCAUCCUCUUCGGUACAAUUGCCUUCCCAGGUGUCGUCUACUUCUGAUGCACUAUCUGCGGCACCUCCAUCGCUGCCAGCCGAAAGUCGAAAAGACUCAGCGACCUUCCUUGACUUCAGCUCGCCUCCAGGCUCCCCGCCUGUUCCUGUCCACGAGAGUCCGAAGAGCAUAGUGCAGUCUCUCGCUUCAUUGAAUGAAGCCCCUCUUGAUGGUGCACAGGCCUCCAAGUCCUCAGCAAUUCCGGACAAACAGCAGACCGUCGUGCCAUCUGAGCUGAGGAAGCUAUCCAUACCUCACCCGCGGGGCGGUUAUAUUGAUGAUGGAGACGAUCAUAGGACCAUGAAUAAUGGCGAGAGGACCGUCGGCUCGGCCGCUACCAUCGCACCCGUCAAGCCCGCCCUUGAGAGGAGCGACACCGGUCAGAGCAAGGGUGGCAGCGUGGUUGCCGCUAUACGCGAUAAAUACUCUCGUAGCGUGAGCUAUUAAGCUAU